AUGGGUAAAAUGCACCUGAAAGUGAAACGUCCUAAUCUACAAACUCGGGAGAAUGAUGACCAUGUAUGUGAAACAAUUUAUUCAGACUGGUUGUAUGCUAGAAUAUCGGAAAGCUCCGGCUUGGAAAAUGAGUCUCUCCAACCUCCACUGCCUGAUGGGCCUCAACAGAAUUCUUCUGGCUCUGCUUACGGCCAAAUAUAUAAAGCCAAACUGAUGUCCGACGGACGAAUGAAGUUAGAAGAGUACCUUGCAGGGAACCUUGAACAAGCGGAUUUCAGUAAAAAUUGCUUCCGAAUCGUUGGCAUUGAACGCGUGGAUUCACAGCAGUUUACCUUGAAUAUUGUUGGUUCAGGAGACCCAGGAGAACUACAGCGGCAAUUGUUAUGCUAUCAUCCAUACGCCGAUAAGACAAACAAGUGGAUUGAGCAAAUUCAACCAAUCGUACAGGAUGACGUAAGACAUUUGAGAGUGACAGACCAAUUUCAACCCAUGUUCUGUUUCAGUUUACAAUUGAUAUUUUGCGAAAAAAUGACAACUCGUUUGCAAAAUCUCCCCGAUUCACAGAACAUGAAAGCAGCCAAUGUAUACAAAGUGUUGAUCAAUCAAAAUGUGAUAGCAUUGCAGUCCAUCAGGAACGUUGAAGACCGGUGUACUCUUCCACUCAGUGAUAUUUCGUUGGUAAAGAAUGCCUACGUGGGUGCAAAUCAGAAUGACUCCCUCCUUUUCACGUUGUACUCUGGUGGACGCGGUGUUGUUUGUAAACCCAUUGAUGAGCUCCAGUACCAUAUUUUCAUCAUACUGGUUGAGUUGUGGUCACGCAACACACAACCUUCACAACAACGUUUCAAGGCUACCGAGAAUUCGCCCGCAGAAACACGUUUUACCGGAGGUUUCUUGCAUGUAGGCACUACACCAACAACUUUACACAAAACACAUGUUCGCGUAAUCCGUGGUUCAAAAACCUUGGAAUGCAUUGAUCUAUCUGGUAGGCUAGAGCGCUUUGAAGUCCAUAGGUCACAAAUUGCCAAGAUAAAUUCGCACGAUAAGCAUUUCGUUUGCCAUGUGGUUGCACGUCAGGUUCUUCCAACUUACGUGAAAAACGAUAUGGUUGAGUUCUAUGUAGGUCUCCCAACCAGACAAGUCUUGGAGAAAUGGAAUCGGCAGUUCACCGUCUCACCGUCAAUUGCACUUAAGUGUAUUGACAUCAUUUUGGAAGAAAUGAGAUCACGUGACUGUGGAUGGUUAACUGCGUCAAAUGAUGAAUCCAUCACCCGUUACUUGAGUGAUUUGAACAAACCGCAUGAGUGUUUUGCCUUACUUGAACUUCCCGUAGAACAGUUGGGCCGCACGCUAAAUGAUGUUGCUGAGUGGCCAGGUGUUCGAUUGAUAUACUUCCUGUUUUUCCUUCUCACUCACCUACCAAACCCCAUUGUAACGUCACACAUCCAGCGUGCAAUGUCUAAACUCAUGUCACAUACGUGGUUUGAAACUGGCCGAAAAAGCCUACCGAUGAAUAUUGCUCACAUUCUGCGCCAACUGUCCACAUUUCAGCUUUGCGUUUUGACUCGGUUGGCCGUAUAUUUUAUUGCAGAGCAGUUUAUUCGCUUGCCCGACUUCACAACGCUGGCUCCAGCGGAACGCCUGUCUGUGAUGACAGCCUACUGGGAACCACUAACACAAGCGCUGUGCGGAAUUACUGCCGACCGAGAAAAUAUACAGGCUAUCGGUGUCACUUGCUUUCUUUCCGCCUAUCAGUACCUUCUCCAGACAAUGCUCGUGAAGCAAUGCAGCGGCACCAACACCGAAAUUUCUCAAACACCCAACGCACCUAGUUUAAGAUCCACGUCAACGAAUUCAUUAGCUUUUUGGUUGAAGGACAUUUAA